UAUUUCAGAUAUCACUUCGUACAAUUCCUAGAUCUAUAAUGGAUGAUAAUAUUAUAAUCUCAGAUAAGAGCUAUUGUUGGCUUGAACUCAUGCAAAUAUAUGACAAAAUAUCGGACUGUAUUUACAUUUUCAAUAAAAUCUACGCUGCACAGAUAUUACUCAUGUUUAACUCCUGGCUUUUAUCAACGAUGCUUGCGAUUUGCCGAUCUAUAUCCCCAAUUUUAAAAAACGUUGAUUCCGUUCAAACUAAUCUGUAUUAUUACUUUUUAUUAAACCUACGACCACUCAUUGUUACAAAAAUGAGUGAAUAUUUAACUCAAGAAUGGCAGAAUACCUUGAUGAUUUUAAACCACAUUUUAAUGUAUGGUGAUUUGAAUCGUGAAUGCUACAGCCAGAUAGAAAAUUUCAUUAAACUGGUGGAGUCUAAGAAGUUACAGCUGUCUGCUGUUCUGUGCCCCGUCACGAUAGCUGUUUUGGCUGCGUUUGCCGCUCGAGUGAUUACCUAUAGUAUCCUCUUGAUCCAACAAAUUUAUAUUCAUCACUGAUAAAUUGAUAAUAAAAUAUAUAAAAUAUU